AUGUGGUUCACUGAAGCAAUGAAGAAGUAUGGAUAUCAUCAAGAUAACUCGGAUCAUACCUUAUUUAUCAAACGUAUGGAUGGUAAAUUACAGAAGUACUUAGCCUCAAAGUUUGAGAUGAAGGAAUUGGGGGCUUUGAAGUAUUUUAUGGGAAUCGAAGUGUGCACCAGCCGAAACCCUUAUUGUGCAAAAUCAUUACUAGCAAUCUAUCCUGAUCAGGUGUCAACCAACAAGGAAAGAUAUCAGAGUGACAAUCACUUAGCAGUAGUUAUAAGAAUUUUGAGCUAUUUGAAGAAAGCUCCAGGUGGAGGCUUGAUAUUCAGAAAAUUGGGACAUUUGGAUGUUAAGGGUUAUACAGAUGUAGAUUGGGCAGACAUUAUAACAUAUAGACAUUCUACAUUAGCUAAGGCAGAAUACAGGGGCAUAUCACAGGGAGUUUGUGAGCUUUUUUGGUUAAGGAUACUCUUGUCCGAAAUUGGUUUUCCACCAAAGAAAGUCAUGGAGCUUUACUGUGACAACCAAGCUGCGAGAGAUAUAGCAAAUAAUCCAGUUCAACAUAACAGAACUAAGCACGUUGAAGUAGAUAUGCAUUAUAUCAAGAAGAAACUGAGGCUGCUGAGCUUAAAGGAGCUUGACCUCAAGGCUUUGAACGAAUGGCUUCCAUCAUUAUCAACCCCAAUUGCUCCUCAAUUUCUCUGUCCCGUUCUCAGGCGUAAUUGUCUAUAUCGUGGGACUUCAUUUGCGGCAAAUGGGUGCUUAUAUGAUUUUGUCACGCCAAGUUUGACUUGGAAACUGCGCUUUAGUUUCAAGGGCUCAAAUAAGACAAGAGCUUUGUUGGGAGAAGAUGAUCUCCUGUCCUACUCUAAUGGCAAUAGAACUGCAGACACUUUUGUCAACUCCCAGGCUGCCAAACCAACUGGGAUUGAAAUACAACCUGAUGCAUUAGGUUUUGGAACACUUGCAGCAGAAACAACCCCUAUAAUUAGUGGUUUCUCUUCCGAAAAUGAUGAAAAUGAUCUGGAUCAUCCUGUAGAAGGAUUUUCAUCCAUACCACAGGCGAUUGAAGAUAUACGUCAAGGCAAGAUGGUAAUUGUUGUAGAUGAUGAAGACAGAGAAAAUGAGGGAGAUCUUAUAAUGGCAGCAUCCUUGGCAACGCCAGAAGCUAUGGCUUUUAUUGUCAAGCAUGGAACUGGGAUUGUUUGUGUUAGUAUGAAAGGAGAAGACUUAGAGAGGUUGCAACUUCCACUUAUGGUGACACAGAAGGAGAAUGAAGAAAAACUUAGUACAGCGUUCACUGUCUCAGUGGAUGCAAAACAUGGUACGACAACUGGUGUUUCUGCUCGCGAUAGAGCUGUGACAGUCUUGGCUCUUGCAUCAAGGAAUUCAAAACCUAAAGAUUUCAACCGCCCAGGACAUAUCUUUCCCCUAAAGUACAGGGAGGGAGGAGUUCUAAAAAGAGCUGGUCACACUGAAGCUUCAGUUGAUCUUGCUAUGCUGGCUGGGCAAGAUCCGGUAGCAGUUUUAUGUGAAAUUGUGGAUGAUGACGGUUCUAUGGCUAGAUUACCAAAGCUUCGUCAAUUUGCACGGGCAGCAAACUUGAAAAUUAUUUCCAUUGCUGAUUUGAUCAGAUAUAGGAGGAAAAGGGAUAAGUUGGUGGAGCGGGCUGGAGUUGCACGGAUACCCACAAUGUGGGGGCCAUUUGAGGCCUACUGUUAUAAGUCAUUGCUUGAUGGGAUUGAGCACAUUGCAAUGGUUAAAGGUGAAAUUGAGGACGGGAAAGAUAUACUUGUGAGGGUACAUUCUGAGUGUCUCACAGGUGACAUAUUUGGAUCAGCCAGAUGUGACUGUGGAGACCAGCUAUCUCUUGCAAUGAAGCAAAUUGAAGCAGCUGGUAGGGGUGUUUUGGUGUAUCUCCGUGGACAUGAAGGUAGAGGAAUUGGUUUGGGUCACAAGCUCCGAGCCUAUAACCUGCAGGAUGAUGGGAGUGACACGGUUGAAGCCAACGAAGAGCUAGGAUUACCAGUUGAUUCUCGUGAGUAUGGCAUAGGUGCACAGAUACUACAAGAUGUAGGUGUUCGAACGAUGAGGCUGAUGACGAACAAUCCUGCAAAGUAUAUUGGACUCAAGGGUUAUGGUUUGGCCAUUGCUGGCAGGGUCCCAUUAUUGGCACCAAUAACUAGGGAGAACCAGAGAUACUUGGAGACCAAACGUUCAAAAAUGGGGCAUGUCUAUGGUUCCAAUUCUAAUGGUAAUGUAAAUGGCACCACUGAUGAAAGUAGUUCAAACAUUGACAACCCAUCUACCGGCAUGUCGGAGACAUGA